GUUCCGGCGGCGGCUGGUCGCCGGGCGUCCGAGGCGCCGGCCAUGUCGGGGAGCCGGCUGGAAACGGUGGGCAGCAUUUUCUCGCGGACUCGAGACCUUCUUCGGGCGGGGGUGUUGAAGAAGAAGCCCCUCUGGUUUGACGUCUAUGAGGCCUUCCCCCCGGCGAGGGAGCCCGUCUUCCGGAAGGUCCGAUUGCGGUAUGGCAAAGCCAAAGCCGACAUCCAGGACAUCUUCUACCGCGAGGACCUCAUUCGAGUGAAAUUUUAUUCAGCCUAUGGAUCUGGUCAAAAACCUUUUGAUCUGUUCGAUCAAAACUUCAAAUCUACUUGUCAAAGGUUUGUGGAGAAGUACACCGAGCUGCAGGACCGCGGAGAGACAGACGAGGAGAAGUUAUUUGUGGAGACGGGGAAGGCUUUAUUGGCCGAGGGUGUCAUUUUAAGACGAGUCGGGGAAGCGAGGCAUCAACAGGGAGGCGGCCGAGGUUCCUGGAAACCUGACCUCGCAGGCCUCAAACUCCAAACCAUAUUGGAAGAAGACCCGGCUGAGCAGGUUCCCCAGAAACAGCGCUCGGAGGCACCUGAAGAACAGAUGAAAGGUCUCUCACCUCCCUGAGGGACGUGUGCACCGGCUCGACACCGCAGCCGUGUCCACCCCGCAGUCACUACAUGAAUGCUGAGCUAUUUUUAACAGCUGAACUGUGUAAAUGUUUCUUACUCUCUAAGGCAUUGUGUUUGCCUUCUCUGAGUUCCCGUUUCUGGGUUGUCAUAAAAGCAGCUAUGUGAACUUUUAUGUUAGGAUGCUGUUAAAUAAAGAAUCCUCCAGCUGCUUA